AUGCCAACUCUAAAACUAACCCUCGUGGAAGGCAAGAAUUUACCAAUUGCCGACCUGAAGAGCAGCGAUCCAUAUGUGAAAAUGAAAACCGAAAGAUCAGAAGUAAAAUCAGCUAUCAUCAAACAAAAUCAUCUUCAUCCUGUGUGGAACGAAACCUUUGUGUUCGAAAUCGACAACCCAAAGCUGAGUUCGAUGGAAUUGAAAGUUUUUGACUGGGAUAGGCUUUCCGCGGACGAUGAAAUUGGACAAUAUAAAAUUCUUUCCUUCGCCAAUUUUAAGAAAGGUGUGGAAAAUGACUUGUGGCUGAACUUGACCUUGCCAUCCUGUUCAAAAUUGUCAGAUCCUUCACAACCUUCUCAGCUGCAUGUGAAAACCAUUCCUCUUGAUUUUGGAAAAGAAUAA